CCACACAGCAAUGGACGACGACAGACACGUAGGAGCCUUUUCGUGGCAUCAAUCGCUCGACCAGGCAACUAUCAACAUACUUGUACCUCAUGAAACGAUACUGGAUGACUUGGAUAUAGUCAUUGACCCACCAUACGUGGUGGCGAGCAUACGUGGAAAGAUGCCCAUUCUAAAAGGAAAGAUCUACGAAGCGGUCAAUAAGGAACAAACGCACUGGAACUUCGAGCCAACGGACAAUCCGCGACGUCGUACCACGUCCACGGCAUCCACGAUAUCGACACAGUCUUCAUAUGCAUAUGUAUCCGAUGCAGAAAUCUCGAGCAGUUUUGCUGCAUCUCUCGAAAGUGCACAGGUGUCUGACAAUGACGACUCAGACUUCGCGUCUCCUGAACGCUCACAUCCCGUGUCGCGCGACGAACAAGCACAACGUAUGAACGCCACGAUCACGAUACCUGCAUUUCCGCAGCGCGCAAUUGGUUCAUUCCCUGCGUCGCCGCAAAUGCAGUCAAUGGAAUCCUCGCUUUCUUCUCUCGACUCAUUGCGACCUGAACGUCCAGAGAAGUUGUUGACGAUUGUUUUGGUGAAGACGAGGCCAGCUUAUUGGCCUCGGGUUAUUGACGGGCCAGUACCGGAUACAUACUCCCCUACACCUUCUGGACCAUUCACCUUUGACCCGAGUGUUGAACGGCAAAAGUACAACAUGGACCCUACUAGUCUUGGAUUAUGGGGAGAGGAAUAUCUCAAAUUACGUAGCGAUAGGGAAGAAGCUUUUGAGUAUUUCGUACGAUCAUGGCAUUACUUGCAUACCCCGUUCUCGGCACUGCGUCUCGUAACCUACUUCCUGCCAGUAACGACAAUCAUACCCGCUUCUAUUCUAUCUGCUUCUCCUCAGUCUCCUCCUUCAUCUUCCACCCUACCCCGACGAGGUACAGUAGAAUACUAUGUUCUAAGCCUUGGGGGAAUUCCUGCUCUCGGUCAACUGUUCCUAGAAGCAGGACUUGCCCAUCUUGACGGUAUUGCGACAAAACUUCUGUCGUCCAACUAUUCGCCGCUUAACUCCAUUCGACGUACCGAGCCGCCAGUGUCGUCGACGCGCGUUGAAAGUAGCACGCAGCUAUGGAGACGCGACCGAACGAACGCACGGACGUAUUUUGAACGAGCUCGGAAGCUAGCUCCGUCAAUGGAUGGCUCGAUUCCGUUCCUCCCAGAAGAAACGGAUCUGCAUGCCGUUGACCGACCAGGACGCGGAGGUCGCACUAGUCCGUGGCGGAGAGAAGGAACGAAAACUGGCACUAGCCCGCCAUCCGAAGAAGCUGAGCUUGAGCUGCAAAUGCCGUCGAUGUUUGUUGACGAAGCGAAGACAAUCCGGCCGGAAACCAAGGAUCGGGAGAAAGCACACCCAGAGUCGACAGUGCGGGUCCGGAGGCGGCGACAACAGGCAUCGGAAGCUCUUCUGGAGCAGACUAACGAGCAUGAGCAGGAGGAAGAUAGCACGUGGUACCUUUACCUUCCUGGCCUUGUGGGUGCUGGAACCGCGUUGCUCGUGGUGAGCGUUGUGGGGGCACUGAGCUUUCAGUCUUGGCGCAAAAAUAAUAACUGAAGAGAUCUGAAAUCAAUGUACUUUAUAUCGGCUUGAUCUGUCUGCAGCUCCCAAGCUGAUGUUAGUACCUCGCACUUCAGUGCAACACUCCUGUUCUCUAUUCUAUCUCUCCAGUUGACGAUGAUGAUGAUGACUUACGACGUAUAUCACACCCACGACCUCUACUUGUCUCUUCUGUCGCUCCUUUGUACUAUCAAUCCCACACCUCUCUUUCAUCUCUCUCGUUCUAGAACAUCUGGUUGAUAGAAUGUUUCGUCUCGCCGCAUCUUUUUGUCGUUGUGCUGUGUACGUACAGGCUAUCAACAUCGCUUUGAAUCUCUAUUUCCU